AUGGUGGUGACGGGUGAUGAUGGUGAUGGUUAUGGUUAUAGGCGAAUGGUGGUGACGGGUGAUGAUGGUGAUGGUUAUGGUUAUCGGCGAAUGGUGGUGACGGGUGAUGAUGGUGAUGGCUAUGGUGAUUGGCGAAUGGUGGUGACGGGUGAUGAUGGUGAUGGCUAUGGUUAUCGGCGAAUGGUGAUGACGGGUGAUGAUGGUGAUGGUUAUGGUUAUCGGCGAAUGGUGGUGACGGGUAAUGAUGGUGAUGGUUGUGGUUAUCGGCGAAUGGUGGUGACGGGUAAUGAUGGUGAUGGUUGUGGUUAUCGGCGAAUGGUGGUGAGGGUGAUGAUGGUGAUGGUUGUGGUGAUCGACGAAUGGCGGUGA